GGCGAGACCCAGCAUCUCCAAGCGAGCGCGUAGCCUGGUGGGCUCCGGGGCCGCCGUGGCCUGGGAGCCGAGGAAGUUUGGGUGACUGCUGCCAGUGCUGCGAUCGCGAGCCAGGCUCCAGCCUUGCAGACCAGAGGGCGGGCGGACCCACUUACGGACAACCGCGGGCCCGCUGCCACCGUUUCACGUCCUCUUUCUGGAAAAGCAUUUAAACUUUUAAAAUGUCAUCUAUCAAGCACCUAGUUUAUGCUGUUAUUCGUUUCUUACGGGAACAAAGUCAAAUGGAUGCUUAUACUUCAGAUGAGCAAGAAAGUUUGGAAGUUGCAAUUCAGUGCUUGGAGACAGUUUUUAAAAUCAGCCCAGAAGAUACCCAUCUAGCAGUUUCCCAGCCUCUGACAGAAAUGUUCACAAAUUCCUUCUGUAAGAAUGACAUUCUGCCUCUUUCAAACUCAGUAUCUGAAGAUGUGGGGAAAGCUGACCAAUUAAAAGAUGAAGGCAAUAACCACAUGAAAGAAGAAAAUUAUGCUGCUGCAGUGGAUUGUUAUACACAAGCAAUAGAACUGGAUCCAAAUAAUGCGGUUUAUUACUGCAACAGGGCUGCUGCUCAGAGUAAAUUAGGUCACUACACAGAUGCAAUAAAGGAUUGUGAAAAAGCAAUAGCGAUUGAUUCAAAGUACAGCAAGGCCUAUGGGAGAAUGGGGCUAGCUCUCACUGCCAUGAAUAAAUUUGAAGAAGCAGUUACAAGUUAUCAAAAGGCAUUAGAUCUUGACCCUGAAAAUGAUUCCUAUAAAUCGAAUCUGAAAAUAGCAGAACAGAAGUUAAGAGAGGUAUCCAGUCCUACAGGAACUGGACUGAGCUUUGACAUGGCCAGCUUAAUAAAUAAUCCAGCCUUCAUUAGUAUGGCAGCAAGUUUAAUGCAGAAUCCUCAAGUUCAACAGCUAAUGUCAGGAAUGAUGACAAAUGCCAUUGGGGGACCUGCUGCUGGAGUUGGGGGCCUAACUGACCUGUCUAGCCUCAUCCAAGCAGGACAGCAGUUUGCUCAACAGAUACAGCAACAGAAUCCUGAACUUAUAGAGCAACUGAGAAACCACAUCCGGAGCAGAUCAUUCAGCAGCAGCACUGAAGACCAUUCCUGACUUGACCAGGGCCCCUAGGAUGCAAAUGGUUAUGGCUCUGAAGUGUUUGCUGUAGAUAGUGGCCAAAAAACAGAAAUACCUAAAGAAUACAUCUAACUAGACAAUAGGUUUAUCACAGAGUUGAACAUAACAUGACUCCUUUGUAAACAAAUGGUCAGUAGCCUUGUUAAGUGCCAAUAUAGCACUGGACAGGGUUCCAUUUUCAAGUCUUCAUCAUCAUAUUUGUAUAUUAGACUUAAUAGCAGAGUAUAUUUCUUGACAGUAAGGCUGUUCAUUGGUGAAUUCUCUAGCUCCAAAUUCUCUUUAGCAAACUAUUUAAAAGGUAAAGUGACCAAAAGGAAAGGUUUCUCACCCUGGAUUAGGAGAAACGUACUUGCCACUGAGCAGCAUACCUGGACAGGAGUUUGCUAUCUAGGUUUAGUCUUGAUAGUGCUAUCAGUAAUGAAUAUGUAUCAUAGGGGCCAGUAUUAUCUUUAAUGCUGCUUGUUCUAAAAGGCAGCAGAAAAUCUUGAGCUGCUGGAAAGCAGAUUUUGGUGGCAGGGUUGUUGUGCUGUGAGUGUAUAAAAAGUGAAGGUAGGUACGAUGCUCAGGUUUUUGCAUAGUUCUUAACUAAUCUU